AUGCAACACAAAGAUCCGAAUAUUAGUAUCAGCUACAAGAUCGAUUCAGCCAAUGAUUGUCUUGAUGUUGCCAUCGAAAACAAUCUUGGUCAUCUCAAAACUUCCAUCUUUCAUAAAUCAUCUGCUGAACCAUACAUCUUGCCGUAUACAUCGGAUCAUCCCCAUCAUAUUCACCGAAAUAUUCCAUAUGCUGCAUUACUACGAGCUGCUCGAUUAUGUUCCAAUAUACGAGAAUUCGACAUGGAACGGAUCCGAAUUGAUGUAUCAUUAUUGUUAAAUGAUUAUCCUUUUGAUUUUAUUGCAGAACAUUUCCAACGAUUUUUUGAUAUAAAUAAUGCUCAAAAGCUUUCACGACGCGAGAAACAAUUGCAAUCAAUGAUGCAAAAUUAUGAUCAAGUACCUGGCGCUCUCGUAGUGAAACCAUGGAAUACUAAACUGAUGUAUCUAAAAUUUAUCUUCGAAAGUGGUCCAACACGCAAUCUUCAACCAGCAUUUUACAAAUGCUGGACAAAAUGGUACAAAUAUUCGGGUUCAAUUGUAGGCGAUGUCAAAGUCACAUCAUGCAUUCAUACAAAUCCAACUCUUGAACGCCUAUUUGUACGAAAGAAGCCAGCCAAAGAAUUGUUACAAAAACUAAAUUGA